AUGGAACGCCGUAGUUUUUUGUGUCUGAUACAAUUAAAGGCCCCGGCCAUAUUUAGUGAAUCGCCAAUGAAUUUGUAUUAUCACUCUAUAGCUGCUGUUCAAGCUUUAAGCAGAGCUUAUUUGUUGGAUCUAAUUGGAAUAAGUUGGAAUGAAUUAUACCUCUUGGCUAAUGUCAUUCAAGCUAAUAGCUUCAUUACUCAAUUUGAGAGUGAUUCUAAACAAAUGUCUUAG